CACAUAACUACCAACAAACCAAAGGAUAAUACUAGCUUCACAUAAAAUAUAAAAUAAAUCUAAUAUUCAGAAAAGAUAAUUAUCGAUUUUUUUUUUCCAUUUCAUAAUUAUUAUUAUUAUAUAUCCCCACACUCACACUCAUCCACCUUCACAGGCUUCAACGUGUAGGUAAACAAAAGUAAAAACACAAAGCAGAGUAAUGGACUCUGUUGCUUCCUCUCCCUUCAUCUCCACAUCCUCUCUUCUCCCUCGCCGCCCAUCUUCCUCCCGCCGUCUCCUCCGUAUCAACUCCGCCGUCAUCGAAGAACGAUCUCCCAUCACUAACCCUACCCAAAACAAUGACAUUCCUCCGACCAAACCUAAGAAACUCCACACUCGAACCAACAACCACACCGCAAUUUCAUCUCCUCCCAAACACCGACCACAAACCUCUCUCGCAACAACUCUCUUCUCCACCUUCGAAGAAGUCAUCAACACGUUCAUCGACCCACCGACACGUCCCUCCGUGGAUCCAAAACACGUCCUCUCAGACAACUUCGCUCCUGUCCUAGACGAGCUCCCUCCCACAGACUGCGAGAUCAUCCACGGCUCUCUCCCACCGUCUCUAAACGGCGCUUACAUCCGUAACGGCCCCAACCCACAGUUCCUCCCACGUGGUCCCUACCACCUAUUCGACGGUGACGGCAUGCUCCACGCGAUACGUAUCCGUGACGGUAAAGCCACGCUCUGCAGCAGAUACGUCAAGACUUACAAAUACAACGUGGAGAAACAAACCGGUACCCCGGUUAUCCCUAACGUCUUCUCCGGUUUUAACGGCGUACCGGCUUCGAUGGCACGUGGCGCUUUAACCGCGUUUAGGGUUUUAGCUGGACAGUUUAAUCCAAUCAACGGCAUUGGUUUGGCCAACACGAGUCUCGCUUUCUUCUGUAACCGUCUCUUCGCGUUGGGAGAAUCUGACUUACCCUACGCCGUACGAUUAACCGAGAGUGGAGAUAUCGUCACGAUCGGACGGCACGAUUUCGACGGGAAGUUAGUUAUGAGCAUGACAGCUCAUCCCAAAACCGAUCCCGAAACCGGAGAGACGUUCGCUUUCCGGUACGGUCCGGUUCCACCGUUUUUAACGUUUUUCCGGUUCGAUUCAACCGGGAGGAAACAAAAAGACGUCCCGGUUUUCUCCAUGACGUCACCUUCCUUCCUCCACGACUUCGCGAUCACUAAACGUCACGCGAUCUUCUCUGAGAUUCAGAUUAAGAUGAGGAUGGACUCGAUGCUCGGGGGAGGUUCACCCGUCGGUGCGGAUAACGGCAAAACGCCGCGUUUAGGAGUGAUCCCGCGUUACGCGGGAGACGAGUCUGAGAUGAAGUGGUUCGAGGUCCCCGGAUUCAACAUCAUCCACGCCGUUAAUGCUUGGGACGAAGACGACGGAAACGCCGUCGUUUUGAUCGCUCCCAACAUUAUGUCCAUCGAGCACACGCUCGAGAGGAUGGAGCUCGUCCACGCCUUGGUGGAGAAGGUUAAGAUCGAUCUCGUCACCGGGAUCGUGACACGUCACCCGAUCUCGGCCAGGAACCUCGAUUUCGCGGUGAUCAAUCCGGCGUUCGUCGGGAGGCGGAGCCGGUUCGUUUACGCGGCGAUCGGGGAUCCGAUGCCGAAGAUCUCCGGGGUGGUGAAGCUCGACGUGAGUAAGGGAGAUAGGGACGAUUGCACGGUGGCGCGUAGGAUGUACGGUGAAGGUUGUUACGGUGGGGAGCCGUUUUUCGUCGCUAGGGAUCCUGGUGAUCCGGAGGCGGAGGAGGAUGACGGUUACGUGGUGACGUAUGUGCAUGAUGAGGUGGCGGGAGAGUCGAGGUUUAUUGUGAUGGACGCGAAGUCGCCGGAGCUUGAGAUUGUGGCCGCCGUGAGGUUGCCGCGGAGGGUUCCGUAUGGGUUCCAUGGUUUGUUUGUGAAGGAGAGUGACCUAAGUAAGCUUUAACUAUAGAGUGUAAAGUAAGUAAAACAAAUUAAGGAUUAAGUUCUUAAUCACGUUCCUUGUUAUGGAAACAAAACAUAUAGUAUUGUGUUGUAUGUUGCACUUUAAACAUUAUAGUAUACAUAUACAUAGUUUGGUGGUGGUCAAUGUAUAUAAAAAUAUCAAAGCUAGUUAAUAAAAAAAAAGGUAUUAUGCUU